CCUUUCUGUCUCAUUCUUCCUCCAGGUUUAUGCUUUAUUUAAAAAAAUAUCCUGUAUAUGAUGUUUGCAGGUGUGGUCCAUAAAGUGUUUUGAUUGUGUGUUUCUAUGUGUGUGUGUUACAGUUUAAGGACGCAAAGAGCCUCGCAGAUCAUAUGGAGAACCUUCUCCGCAUUCGAGAGAGUCUCCUUCAGCAGGACCUGAAGAAGCGUGAGAAGUAUGACGAGCUGAGGAGAACCCUGCAGUCAAAUCAAGAACAGCAUCACCUCAUGCGUCUGCAGAAGAACUACGAGCUGUCCCAGAUGGAGGUGGAGCAUGAGAAAACACGCUCUGAAGUUCUGGAAUGGGAGAGGAAGUGGAACCAGAUUCAGGAAACCGCAUCAAAGAAAACACUUCUCCUGGGACAAAUCAAGAUGGCGACACUCAACCUCUACGAAAUGACGUGUCAAGACGAGAAAGCAGAUGAAGCGGUUGAUAUAAACGACACAGAGAAGCAGCUGGACCAGGUUAAGACGUUCAUUCAAGACACCGACGACAUGGUCAAACAAUAUCAGACUUCUUCACAGAGACAAGAUGGAAAGAAAAGGGACAAAAAGAGCUUUCCAAGUCACCGUAAAAAAAAGGCUUCAAAGUAAGCUUUACCAUGAGUCUCCUCACAGCUUUAGAACUGAAUUUGCUGAGAUGGAACUAAAUAAUUAAAGUGUGUUUAUCUAAUGUUAAACUCUGUGAGUUUCAUUACCUGUUAACUUGUAGACACUGAACUUCAAUAAACUUGAGCACUGAGUGCAAUAAACUAUUGUCCAUUAUCAUUAUCAUUGUUAGUAACAUGGCUUGAUUCUAAAUUCUGAAAUGGUUCUGAUAGUGGUAGCUAAACAUUUGAGGGUGACUUUUUCAGAAAGCCUAUCCAGUUGCAAUUUCAGAUAACUUAUACAGUUAGUUUGUUCCAUCCUAAGCUUCUCCUCUCAGCACAAUAUCAUGUAGACAAUGAAUCAUCAGGAUAAAGGUCCGGUACUGCCACCUCGUGUCUCCUAAAGAAAACAGCAAUCUGUUGUAACUUGUUUUAUUGAUCAGAUCUCAGAACAGCUUCUGAUGGGUCUUUGUCUUUCACGACCCCUCUACAGACAUACUGUCACUUAAUGGUAGGAAAACAGUGAACAAUAACAAAAGAUUAACAUUUAUAUAUGGACAUUCAAUUUGAUAUAUUGGCCUACAAUAUUAUCCACACUAGUGAAAUGUAACUAUUUACUUCAGUACCAUACUGUACUUAUAUUGAAUGUUGAGGUACAGGUAUUUUAUUAUUUUCAAUUAUACAUUGUUCUUCUGCUCCGCUACAUCUCAGAGGCACAUAUUGUGCUUUUAACUCCAUGAUAUUUUGGGAUAGCUGUAGGCAAAAUAUGAUGUUGAUAUGUUUGAUUAUGAAUGUAUAUAAAUGUAUUUUCAGAAGCCAAUCAGCAUUAUGGUAAAAAGAAAAAGGUUGUCUGCAACAUUAAAGCGAUAGACCUUGAUAUACCUAUAUAUCAAUAGGAAUAAUCCAAUAAUAUAUUAUUCCAAAAUGUACCAUUCUUCACAAUGAGUAGGCCUACCUUUCCCUUUUUGUACCUAAAACAUUUUUGGAUCCUAACUCUUUUUUUUAUUCGAGUGAAUCGUAGGAAUUAGACAGUGAGAGGAUACUAAUAAAGUUUUAUUCUGAAAUGAAUGACAUGUCAUGUCCUAAAGGCAUUGUUGUAAAAAGAGGCUGUUUUGACACCACAGUUUUCAAAACGCAUUUCAGUACAUCAUCUUCUUUUAUAGGUUU